CUGGCGCACACAGAGAACACAGAUUAAACAUUCGCAUCUGAUAAUAAUCAUGUGCAAGCAGUUAGCCCUCGUGCUCACGCUGCUUGCCAUCUCUUUGGGCCAUGCCGCCGCAGCCGCGUCUGUCAGGAUGAAGGUCAUGCACGUCGACGCCGGCCGCGGCCUAACCAACCGCGAGCUGCUCCAACGCUUGUCGUCGCGGAGCAAGGCCCGAGCCGCACGGUUACUCCCCAAAGCGGCCAGCGCCCCGGUGACACCGGGGGCGAUCCCCGGCGCCGUCCCGGACACCGAGUACUUGGCGCACCUGGCCAUCGGCACGCCGCCGCAGCCCGUGCAGCUGACGCUCGACACGGGCAGCGACCUCGUCUGGACGCAGUGCCGGCCGUGCAUCUCCUGCUUCCGCCAGGCCCUUCCUUACUUCGACCCGUCCCUCUCCUCCACGUUCGCCGGCGUCCCUUGCCGCUCCACGGCGUGCCAGAGCCUGCGGAAGCCGUCGUGCGUGAGGUCCCCGAGGGGCCAACAGGCUUGCGCCUACUCCUACUCCUACGCCGACGGCUCGGUGACGAUCGGGCGCAUCGAGGCAGACACGGUCACGUUCGACGGGCACACCGCCACCGCCGUGACCGGCGUGUCCUUCGGGUGCGGUCACGAUAACACCGGCAUUUUCGAGUCCAACGAGACCGGCAUCGUCGGCUUCGGCCGCGGUUUCCUGUCUCUGCCGUCACAGCUCAAGGUGGGCAACUUCUCUCACUGCUUCACCACGAUCACGGGUGCGGCGGCACCCAGCGCCGUCCUGCUCGGCCUGCCAGCGAACCUCUACAACAGCGCCCGUGGCGUCGUGCAGACAACCCCGCUCGUCAGGAACCCGCCUAGGAAUCCAAACUUUUACUACGUCUCGCUGAGAGGCAUCACCGUCGGCUCGACGAGGCUACCGGUGCCCGAGUCCGCCUUCACGCUGAGAGACGAUGGGGACGGCGGCACGAUCAUCGACUCCGGCACCGGCAUGACGUCGCUGCCCGAGGACGUGUACAAGCUCAUGCGCGAGGCGUUCGUUGCCCAGGUGAGGCUCCGCGUGUACAACGUGCGUUCGCUCUCCCAGCUCUGCUUCGCGGCGCCGUCGUCGUCGACGGCGAAGCCCGACGACGUGCCCAAGCUGCUGUUCCACUUCGAGGGCGCGACGCUGGACCUGCCGCGGGAGAACUACAUGUUCGACGCCGUGGAGGAGGGACGCUCCAUCACCUGCCUUGCUAUCAACGCUGGUGGUGGCAGCAUGACUAUAGUAGGCAACUAUCAGCAGCAGAACAUGCACGUGCUCUACGACCUGGCCAAUGGCAAGCUAUCCUUCGUUCCGGCUCAGUGUGAGAAGCUUUAAGGCUCUCUCUCUCACAGCUGCAUCGUCCUGGCACCGACUGCUUUGCGUAUACGUGGCACUGCCACCAUUCACGCUGUGCUUACAUUACCGUAUCUAUGCUAUAUCCGUGCAUAACCGCAUGCGAUAAUAAGAAUAAAAGGGUUGCUUAUCCCGUUGCCACAAUAAGCUUACUUUGCCUGUACCCAUAUAUGUCAUUUCUCCACCACCCGAAAUAUACAUCGAUACUAUACACAGUAAGAGAAUUGAGGUCAGUUUUCUA